UAGUAAAAAGUAGACGUUCUCUUGCUAUUAGUCGAACAUUAUUUAAAUCACUUUUGCUGAAUUACAAGUUUAAUACUAUGAAAAUAAACCUUAUUUUCUCGCGUUUCUUAUAAUAAUUGACCAGGUUAAAAAAAGUAUCCUAUACUACGAGUUAUAAAGACGAUUCGAAACUGUGCAGAUCUAAGAUUUUUAUAGGUCUUAUCACAAUUAUUUAUAGUGUAAAAACCGCGACAUUUCGAAUAUUAUUACAAUAAUGGGAAAAUUAAAAGCUUGUAGGAUUUGUUUACAAAUGGACCUCAGGCUGGAAAAUAUACAAUCCAACUUUUUGGGUCUAUAUUAUGAAAUAAUUACGGGGUUGAACCUAAAUGAAAACGAAUUACCAGGAUAUUUUUGUUAUCAAUGUGCUGCUUUAUUGAAGAAAUUCUAUUCAUUUAGACAGAAAAGCCUUAAAGGUCUAGAAAUACUGCAAGGUGUUUUGGAGACUUAUGGCAAGAUUACAGAAGAUACUAUGAGAAAAACAGAACAGAAAAAUUCUUGUUCUAAAUCUGGCUUGAGUACUUUUAAUGGCUUUUCAAUAAAUAUUUUCCCUGAAGGAGUUGAAGAAGAUACAACGGUAAAUGAAAUGAAUGUAUCUAUUGAAGCCAGCCAUGAUUUUAAAAAUGACAAUACUGCCUUAGAAUUGUACGACUUAAUCAAAGAAGAGCCUUGUGAAAAACUAAAUAGUGAUGUUGAUGAAAGUUAUGAAGAUUGGUUAAGUGAUGAUGAGCCUCUUGCAGUACACAAGAGUAUAAAAAAGAAAAUAGAAAAGAAAAAGAUAGUCAAAGAAGAAAUAAAGGAAGAAACAGUGGAGCUACCAAAAACAAAAACCGCAAAAUUAAAAAAGUCCAUAAAAGUGAAUAAGAAACCAGUUAAACUUUUAAGAAAAGAUGUAAUUCAACCUAAACAAAUCCAAGAUUUCAAUUUUGAGAGCUAUGUCGAUGUCAUCACACUAACGGAAGAAGAACAAAAAGAAGAAAUAAGUAAACGUAAAGAAUCAGAAAAUUACCAAAGUGCACCAUUUAAAUGCGAGUUGUGUUUUAAAGUUUUUCUGGACACACAAACUUGGCAACACCAUAUGAAGAAACAUGAUGUGUCGUCGGGCCGAGUGCAGUGCGAAAUAUGUAAGUUGCGUUUCAAGUCGCAACAUUGUCUUAACAAACAUAUAAUGUGUCACGCGAAGAAGUACAAAUGCAAAUACUGCCCAUACAUUUCGCGAAACACAACACAAGCGUGGAAUCAUGUAUUUUGGCAUCAAGGGGUUACGUAUAAGUGUCCGCAUUGCGAUGAACAGUUUUCCCAAUGGACGUCGUACCUCAGCCACGUGCGAAUAAAGCAUCCAUCGGACUACAUCUGCCCUCACUGCGGCUACUCUUUCGUGUCACAACACGGUCUUAACAUGCACAAGAGUUUAAUGCACCGCGGUGUCGCUGAUCUGAAUGAAGAAAACAAAGACCUGCCGUUCUGUUCAUCCUGCGACAUGAAGUUCGCAUCGGAGGAGGCUCACAAGCGACACUUGGUGACAGCAAAAAAACAUAUACUGGACUCUGAGAAGAAGAAUGGAUGUCGAGAAUGCGGUGAAAAGUUCUCUAGUAUUGACGAACUGCGAGUACACUCGCGUACUGCGCACACGCACAAAGCGUGUGAUGCUUUGCUUCAACGAUAUAAACGGAACUCUGAUAGUCGCACUUGGCCCACUAAAUGCCCGCAUUGCUCUGAAGAAAUAGCAAACGCACGUCAGUACUGGUCGCACUUUAGACGGAACCAUCCCGAUGAAGUUUAUCCCGUAGAGAAGAAAUAUAUCUGUGAUAUCUGUGGAAAAUCAUUCCGGGGAAAUGCCUUCCUGACCUAUCACAAGCGGAUCCAUACCGGUGAAAAGCCCUUCAAAUGCAAGCAAUGUGAUAAAAGAUUCUUUAACCGAACUAAUCUCUUGAUGCACGAGAAAACACAUUCUGAGCAGCGGCCUUAUAUCUGCUGUGUUUGUGGAAAAGGUUUCAAGAGUAAAGGGGCGCUUGAUAGGCAUUUCCGGUGUCACACGGGCGAUAGACCAUACAAAUGUGAACUGUGCGGUAAAGCCUUCGCCCAAUCCAAUAGUUGUAAGGUCCAUGUGCAUACCGUACAUCUCAAACAGCCCUCGCCAUACAUCAGCCGUGCUAGACUUCAGAAGAGGGUGAAGAAUUUAGCAACGGACAAACAAACUGUAUUAUAUUGUACAUAAGUGUAGUAUGACAUCUUGAAACCUACGGAAUUAAUGUGUAUUUUUUUAUAAAUGUGACAACUAAUGUUAGGAAUUGUUUAUAGUAUUGUAUGAUUUGUGAGUUUAGUAUUAGCAAUGAUAAUUAUAUUAUUGUAAACAUAAUUAUUUACAUGAACGCACUAGAUGGGACUGUAAGCAAUAAAAAUAAUAGUGUAGUUUUCGGCAUUAUUCUGCAAACACCGACCUCUCUGGGAGAUAAUAAUGUAAACGAAAGAUUUUGAUUGUGCGCUCCAUUCGAUUGUUAUUGGUCAAACGAGUUCAUCAGUGCUUGUGUGUAGUGUUUAGUCUUGCGGGUUUCAUUUCAAGAAAUGUGGCAAUCAUUUUAUGUAUAUUAUGAAGUGGUAAAUGAAUAAUAAUUUAUUUUAUAUGAAAUGCUGUAGAAAUAAACUUUUAAAACAAA